CAGAAGUAUAACAAAGUUAGAAAAUGAGUUAAUGGCUAACAAGAACAGUUUUUUAGAAGGCAAAAAGAAAAAUGCUUGUUUUUACGGAAACGACCAAUACUGGGAAAAUUUAAACUUGUACUCUUCCAACAGAAUCCGAAUUCUUUUAUUUAAAGAAUGUCGUUUAAGAGACCGAGAAUUGAUUUAUGACUCCUAUCGUGAAACUAAAGAUGAAAAUGGGUCAUCGAAAGAGGAAAAAAGCAAACUUGAAGAAUUUUCCCAUCUGACAGAAAUGAUUUUUGGUUCUACAGCGAUGAAAUAUCAUGACACUUACUUUAAAAUCCAUGAUGUUUCUUCUCCAGAUCGUUUAAUUUUUACACAAGUAUUUUCUACACCUCUUGUGAAGAAAUUAUCCAACAGUAAAUCUUCGUUAAAUAACUCAACUAAACAUUUUUCCAACAAUUCGCUUCUAGAAUCUUGCAAUUCUUUUGCUAGUUCUGGAUCUGAUCCAUCGUUUGGUUCAAAUUCUGAUUCAUUCUCGUUGAUAAGAAACGCUAACUGGGUAUCUCCAAGUGCCACAAGCACAACAAUUGAUUCAGGAUUCUCAGAAUCCAGCCUUUCCAGAAACUCAUCAUUUACUCAGUACUCUGGAGGCUUGUCAACAAGAAGAAGCACUACCUCUUGUACAUCGUUAGAUACAUUUGGAUCGUUCCUCAGCGAUUCAGAUUCAGCUAGAAAUUUUAGAAUGAACGUGAGCUACUCGAAACUGGGAUUAGCUUUAAUAGUACCCAAGCCUAUAGUAGACAAUAAUGAAGACAACAUGUAUCUACAACAUAUACCAUUGAUCGAAUCCAUACUAUGGCGUGUUCGCCAAUACGUUGAAAUAGCUCUCAACUCUCCACGACUAUUUUUAUCAACUAUGCUUGAAAUAUCUCUUCUCAGCGCUAAAUGGUUAUCGCACGAACUAAAUUUUUGGAUCAAACCAGGGAAUGAACCUCAAAGUAAAUUUUACUUGAACUUUGCUGUCAGUUUAAGAAACAGUCUCAGUAAACUUACGUUUCCAAGCAAUAUAUUUAAGAGUAACGUUAGAGAAGAAAGAUUUGAAAAUUUUUGUCAGGUGUUGGAAAAACUGGAAACCAAAGAAACUAAAUUUUUUAUGAGUACACUUUUGACAGCAAUACUCACUCACCACACCGGCUGGAUAGCCGCAUGCCAUCCAAUUGAAGAAAUUUCAUUAGAUGAUUCAUAUCAUGCCAUUUGGAUUCAACUUACCAACCUAUUUGGAGCCACUGGAUACUUAACAAAAACAUCAAAAACUGUAAUAUACGGUUUGAAAGAUGACGAACUAGUUAAGAAAGUAUUGGACUUUCUAUUAUAUUUUCUGCGAUAUUUUAAAGUACAAAGAAGAUACGUAGAACGUAGUAACGUUGAAGCAGAAAACAGGAUCGUAAAUGAUAUAUUUAAUAGUAUUACCUGUAAUAAUGUAGAGCGCGACACAGUGUCGAAGCCAAAAAGUUUGAGUCGAACAAAAACCAGUAGCUUCAGCCUCUCUACGCUCACAAAUUUCAAUGAAGAAACUAUUGCAAAUGAGACAAAUAAUAAUUUCAUACAAAAACCACAUUUACAAAAUAACCAAAUGGAAAUAGUACAUAAAAAUGAAGAAAGUGGUUUAAAACGAUCGGGUUUAAGCAAGUCAAAGGCUUGUGGAAAUGAUCUUUGUAAACUAAGUGCAUUAGCGGAAGAAACCGGCUUGGAAUUUGGUGGUGAAACUGAUGAAAAUCAUGUCUUGUUUAUUUUGGGCGAUAACGAGAAACUAGAAGACCUAAAAAAGACUAAUGAAGUAAGAAAAACAGAAAGAACAAUAUCAAGUAAUACACUAGAUAUAUCUGAACCUGACAAUGCAGCUAAACUGAAUGUUAUCAAAUUUCCCCUGCCCGAAGAGAAACCUAUUGGUGAUCUAAUAGAAGUGUUACCAACAUCUUUUCUUCCCGACCAUAAUAAUUUAGACGAAUUUGUACCUGAUAAAAUAGUUCAAGGAUUACAUGUUCCAACGACCAAAUGGGAGAGUAUUUUAACUAAUAACCUAUUACUGAAGAAAUCAUGUUUGUUUACAGAUAGAAUAGAAGAAAAUGUGGCUAUUGUAGCAGAUGUUGACUCUUGGGAUGUACAAGUUUUAUCUAGUGUAAGAAAAAGGAUGGCAAAAAGAGAAAUGGGUGGAGAUGUGGAUGCUUCUCCUAUAGUAGCAAGUAUGUUGGAUACUGUGCUGCAGAUGUGGAAACAAAAUAUGUCAAAGGAGCAGUGCUCUACCUUCUUAGAACAUAAACUAACAGAAAUUUGUCUAAAGGCGAAUACGUUAUGCCAAUUUUUGUUAACGACAGACUUUUGUACGAUGGACACUUUGGUCAAAACGCUGAAGAUAAAUCUAGUGGAUGUGCCCCUUUUAAUGGCUGUGGGUUCUCAUAUUAAUCCAAAGGUCUUACAAAAAUACGGGCUGAGCUACCAAUGAGUGAUUUUAUACGUUGUGAAUUUAUUAUUUAUAGGUGUGUUUUUAUUUUAUUUAUUGUAUUUUAUGUGAAUCUCGAAUAAAAUAUUUAUUUAAUAAAAAUAUAAUUUAAGAUA